AUGGAAUGGGACCAGCUGUUAGCACCUCUGGUUUCACAGCUCAAGGGGAGCAAAGUUUUGGUAACUUCUCGACGGGAUACAUUUCCCUGUGCUCUUCGCUGCGAAAAGGUGCUCCGGUUGGAUACCAUGGAAGAUACUCAGUUCCUUGCACUCUUCAAAUACUAUGCCUUCGCUGGGGCAGAAAUCAUAAACCUUUCAUUGCUUGAAAGGCUAGAAGAGAUUGCAGAGAAGAUAGCUAAAAGGCUUGGACAGUCUCCCUUGGCUGCAAAAGUGGUGGGUUCGCAGUUGAAAGGGAAAAUGGAUAUCUCUGCCUGGAAAAAUGCUCUAACUUUAAAGAUUGAAAACUUAAGUGAGCCCAGGACAGCCCUGUUGUGGAGUUAUCAGAAGUUAGAUCCACGUCUUCAGAGGUGCUUUGCAUAUUGCAGCUUGUUUCCAAAAGGGCACAAAUAUGACACUGAUGAGUUGGUUCACCUGCUUGUAGUGGAGGGACUUGUUGAUUCAAGCAACCAGAAUAGGAGAAUGCUAGAUAUUGGAAAGGAUUACAUCAAUGAGAUGGUCUCUGGAUCUUUCUUGCAACCAGUUUCUAGUAGAUUUCAGGGCACAUACUACAUCAUGCAUGAUCUUCUUCAUGAUUUGGCAGAGUCACUCUCUGAACAAGACUGCUUCAGAUUAGAGGAUGAUAAGGUGACAGAAAUACCAUGCACCGUCCGACAUCUAUCUGUAUGUGUUGAGAGUAUGAAACGACAUAAGCACAAUAUCUGCAAGCUACGUAAUUUACGCACUGUUAUCUGCAUCGAACCACUUACAGAUGACAUAAGUGGUAUUUUCGAUCAGGUUCUGCAAUAUUUGAAGAAGUUACGUGUGCUCCAUUUGUGCUUUUACAAUAGCAGCAAGCUACCUGAAUCUGUAGGUGUGCUGAAGCACCUUCGGUAUUUGAACCUCGUCAAAACUUCUAUUGCCGAGUUGCCUGGAUCAUUAUGUGCUCUUUAUCACCUACAGGUACUUCAGUUAAACGAUAAAGUUAAGAGCUUGCCUGACAAACUCUGCAAUUUAAGCAAGCUACGGUAUCUUGAAGGGUACCGCGAUCUGACAUACAGGAUGUAUGAAGUAGCUCUGCCUCAAAUCAGUUAUGUAGGCAAGCUAACUUUGCUCCAACAUCUCAAAGAAUUUUGUGUGCAAAAACAGAAGGGGUCUGAGUUGCAACAGCUCAGUGACAUGAAAGAGCUUGGUGGCAGUUUAAGUGUCAGAAAUCUGGAGAAUGUCAGUGGAAAGAAUGAGGCCAUAGACUCUAUGCUGUAUCAGAAAAGUCACCUUGGAACCCUGUGUCUCGUGUGGAGUUCCAAUAAUGACGCAAGUGUAGAGGACAGUUUACAGUUGGAGAUUAUAGAAGGUUUGAUGCCGCCGCCUCAACUUCAGUGCCUCGAAAUUGAGGGUUACAACUGUGCCACGUAUCCAAGUUGGCUACUUAAGGGUUCGUAUUUUGAAAAUUUGCAAUCUUUUAAGCUUGUGAACUGCAGUGCGUUAGAAGGCCUACCACUCAAUACCGAUCUCUUCAGGCAUUGCACUAAACUGCAGCUCCAGAAUGUGUCAACUCUGAAAACAUUAUCUUGUCUUCCAGCAGCACUUACUCACUUAAUGAUUGGCAGUUGUCCAUUGCUUACGUUUAUUACUGAUGGUGAGCUAGAACAGCGUGAUGAGAGAGAGAACAUCAUGGGGACAGACUACUUGGCAUCACAACUUGCCUUCAUAUGGGAGGUGGAUUCCCGAUCAGAAAUUAGGAAAGUAUUAUCAUCAGAACAUUCAUCUCUGAAGCAGUUGAUGGAUGCUGACAAGUCACAUCUUCAAACCAUUGCAAGUGCUGUAGAAAGAGAAAACAACGAGGUAAUACUGAAAGAGGAUAUCAUCAAGGCGUGGAUAUGUUGCCACGAGCAGAGGAUUGGAUUCAUUUACGGAAGAAGCAUCGGGAUGUCGUUGGUUCCACCGUCAGGGCUUUGUCGACUUCACCUUUCUUCGUGCAGUAUUACAGAUUGGGCAUUAGCUGUUUGCCUUGAUGGUCUCACCUCACUGACAAGGUUGACCUUAGAGGAGAUCAUGACUUUAACUACACUUCCCUCGCAAGAUGUACUACAGCAUUUGACAAAGCUUGACUACAUGUUCAUCAAAUCUUGCUGGUGUUUGAGGUCACUAGGAGGCUUAAGAGCUGCUACCUCUCUUUUGGAGGUUAGGUUGAUUACCUGCCCUUCGUUAGACUUGGCACGUGGAGCAGAUUUAUUGCCAUUAUCUCUGAAGGAGCUCGUUAUAUCCCAUUGCGUUGUCGCAGCCAAUUUCUUUAGUGGUGACUUGCCGCAGCUGGUAGACCUUUCCAUGUUUGGGUGCAGAAGCGCUGCAUCCUUGUCGAUUGGCCAUCUGACCUCUCUUGAAUCAUUAUCUCUAGGAGAUUUCCCGGAUCUGUGCUUUCUUGAAGGAUUGUCUUCCCUGCAAGUCCAUCAUGUGCAUUUGAAAAAUGUUCCGAAGCUAACUGCGGAGUGCAUCGCACAGUUUCGGGCACAGAAAUCACUCUAUGUUAGCAGCCCUGCGAUGCUCAACCACAUGCUCUCGGCUGAAGGCUUUACAGUUCCAUCAUUUCUUUCUCUUGAAGGAUGCAAGGAUCCAUCCGUUUCAUUUGAGGAAUCUGCAAAUUUCACUUCAGUCAAGUGCCUGAGAUUACGCGAUUGUGAAAUGAGUUCCCUGCCAGGAAAUCUCAAGUGCUUCUCCAGCCUGACGACACUUCAAAUCCAUAUGUGCCCCAAUAUAUCAUCGUUGCCAGAUCUGCCAUCCUCCCUCCAGAGGAUAGUCGUGUGGAAUUCCGAACUCCUCGAGAAGAGCUGCCGAGCACCUGAUGGAGAAAGCUGGCCAAAGAUUGAGCAUAUCCGCUGGAAACAAUUCACAGAAUUUUGA